CACCUGUGUCUUUGCUCCAUAAAGGGAGGCCGGGCCGAAGGGAGAGGUCAAAGGGAGAAGAGGAGGAGGACUUUUGGCUGACUGUGCCAACAAACAAAGCCUGCAGGCCUCUUUGUUCUCCCUCUGCCUUUGUUUCUUCGCUCUUUUUUUCCCUCUUUGACCCAAUCUUUCUCCCUCUUACAGGACUCUCUGUACUCUCUUUCACCGUAUCUCCACCUGUUGCCAUUCCUCUCGCUAUCAGCUCUCUCCGCUCUCAUCGAGUCUCCACCUGCUGGAUUCACCUUUCCGUCUGUGACUGGCUUCUUGUUUGCAUCGUUUCUCUCUUUCUCUCUCUCUCUCCCCGUUUCUCUCUGCGGCCCUCAUCGUCUCUCUGGCUCUCUCCCCGACAUUCAUAAAAGCAUAUUUGAUGUUGGUUGAAGGGGAUUUAUUUUUUUUAUUUGUUUCUUCUCUACAGGACCUUGUUGUUACAGUUACUAUGGAGAUCUAAAACUUUAGCAGGGCGAAGAGAGGCACAUGUAAGGGGUGGGGGGACAUUCACAACGCCGCUUCCAACUUUUUUACCAUACGUUUUGGGAACUGUUGUGAACAUAUUUUCCUGUCUUUUCCCUCCCACCCCGGACCACCACUUUGUAACCUGUCUCUCCUCCUCCUCCUCCCCCUCCCCAGUCUUCCUCCACUCUGUCCAUCUGUUGCUGAGCCUCCCUGCAGAACUUGAGAAGGGCUGAGGUCAGGCAAUAUGCCGCGUGGCAGGACGGAGAGCCUUGCUAAAAAACCCUGUGUUGUUUGUGUCCCCCCCAGGUCGACGACGCCAUGCUCAUGUUCGACAAGACCACAAACAGGCACAGAGGGUUCGGAUUCGUGACAUUCGAGAACGAGGAUGUGGUCGAGAAGGUCUGCGAGAUCCACUUCCACGAAAUCAACAACAAAAUGGUGGAGUGUAAGAAAGCUCAGCCCAAGGAGGUGAUGUCCCCCACCGGCUCGGCCAGGGGGCGCUCUCGGGUGAUGCCCUACGGGAUGGACGCCUUCAUGCUAGGGAUCGGUAUGCUGGGUUAUCCCGGCUUCCAGACCGCCACUUACACCAGCCGGAGCUACGCUGGCAUCACUCCUGGAUACACCUAUCAGUUCCCUGAGUUCCACUUAGAGAGGACUCCCCUUCUGACUUCACCCCACCCCCCUGAGCUCACAGCCAUUCCUCUUACAGCAUACGGACCAAUGGCGGCGGCGGCAGCGGCGGCAGCAGUCGUUAGAGGUUCCACCCCUUCUCGCUCCGCAGGAUUUCUAGGAACGAGCAGCCCGGGUCCGAUGGCUGACCUCUACGGGACGGCCAGUCAGGAGUCGGCUGUGAGCAGCUACCUCAGCGCUGCGAGCCCGGCCCCCAGCACCGGCUUCAGCCACAGUUUGGGGGGCCCUCUGAUUGCCACCGCCUUCACUAACGGCUAUCACUGAGAGCAGCCAUAGACUGACGGCUGGAAGGAGUUGAAGCUACGUCGGAGCUGAUCUGGUCCGUCUCUGUCCAGUCCACGUCUCCUCUGCUGCGUUCGGGCGGCCGGACAUUCGCCCCACCUCGCCCGGUGUCAGCCGCGUCCUGCCCACCUUACUGACACCUCACUAAACUCCACCUUUUUUGCAAAUGAAGCAAACUUUAAAAAAAAAGAGAAAAAGAAACUUAUCACUACAUGUUAUAGCAACACAUUCGAAUGCUGUAUUUUUGUCAUUGUUUUUGUCAUGCUGUUUUUAUGUUUUAACUGUAUUUUAUUUAGCUACUUGUCCUCUCCAAAAAAUGAUCUCUCUGAGAGAAGGCUAGUUUAGAUCUCCAACAUGCUUGUUUUGAAGCUGUAAAAUGACUGUACAUUUCUCUAUUUUACACUGAAUGUCAACACGUAAUACUAAUUCUUUUGAAAUAAUGCCAGGAAUUGUAUAUCUUGGUAGGUUUUAACCAUGAGUUGUUACACUACUUACCGUCGAACAGUGCGAACAGACUUAUUGGGCCCCAGGAAAAGUAUGUAAAAAGCUUUAAAUUAUAAUAAUCUUUUAACGCAGCGGUAUCAUCUCACACCGAAGAACGUAGAAAAAUCCAACUUGUAAUUUGAGUACAUCUAUUUGUUGGGUGGAGAAAAAGAAAAGUGCAUCCACCAAAUAAGUGUGGAUAUGUAAAUAGCAUCUAGUUCAGGAUUAAGAAACAACUGAAGUUUUAAAAAUAUAUGUAAACAAAUGCAG